CGCGAUAGGACAGAAAAUAGGAGAGUGUUCUACUACGCACACCAAAAUGCUUCCAUCUUUACCUAUGUUUAGUCAAAAAGGGGCAUCUUCAAGAGGAAAUGUUGUCCCAUGCUUGGGUUUACCUGGAAUCCAGGAUCCACUAGUGGGCCAAAACCAACCGGGUAAAGGAAGAGAAAUUUUACAAGUUAGUCUAGCAGCUCAGUGUUUAAAUGGGUUGUGUAGUCAACUGAAAGUCAAAUGGGAUCUAUUGAAGGGGUCAAUGGAGACACUUCUCAAUGAUCUAGAUUAUGCUCUACCAAGGUAUUUCGAUGGAAUUGGUCAACGUGAAAAGGCAUCGAAUAUACCAUCUGCCGAAGAUGUCAUUAAGACAUUCAAUCGUUAUGGAACUACUCUUAACUUGGUUGAUCGACCGUUACAUCAGUUUGUCAACUUAUUAGAAUCUUUAAAAUCUAUUUUGCCGUUUGUAAAGCAAAUCAAAGAUGUCCUUGGUAAAUUCAACUUUAAAAAGUCUCUGACUGACAGCUUGAAAAAUAUUGAGGAUUUUGCCGAUGGGAAAAAGACACAUGAUAAAACUCACCCAGAAGUCUCUAACUUAACCAAGGAUUUAAAGUCAGUAAGGACCAUGUACCUACCCGUAAUCAGCACUCUGCCGUUUCUAUUUGAUAACAUAAAUGUGCUACAAGAAAACCUGCAGAGUGAGUUGUCUGGAAGGAGGAACGAUCUACCUGAUGAUUUACUCAGUUUUCCGAUAAUGGUACAGGCUGGAACAGUACCAAGGAACUUGAGCGAAAUUGAUGCUCAAGUCAUAAGCAUGUAUCGGCAGCAAAGUAAAGCGUGGGAACAGAAUUAUGGAUUGUUACUACAGGAACACCAAAGUUUGACGACAACAAUGCUAAUGGAUAAGCUUCAAAUUUCAUGCAACCUUAACAGUUACGGCGUCGAAAGGAGUAAUGGACUACUUGAUGACGAUGUCGGACACGGCACUGCUUUGGAGAAAAUGCUGCGAAUAUUUGAUCAAAAGAUUUCAAUGCACAAGCUGAAAGAUGUAACUCAAAUCAAUUUUACAACCUCUAUAUUCUCAGCUGGAAUAUUCGACAGUAAAGGUGGCAACUUAACUAUUGCCGAUGCCGAAGUUAAUCUAUUCAUUCCACCAAACGCAAUUCCUCCUAGAACCAGAAAAGAGAUUUACAUAUACUUAGAUCAAAAGGCACACUUGAAACUUGAAAAGGAAAAUGAAACAAGAAUUUCUCCCAUUGUUCAUUGUGGGCCACCGGGAACAUCGUUUGAGGUGCCAUUCGUCCUCUCUUUUCCACACUGUGCUGAAGAUGAAGAGCAAUGGACAUUUUCAGGGAUGAUAGAUUCCAAUGACUCGGGUGCCCACUGGCAGAAUAUUAGUGAUGACUGUGAUGGAAUAAGCUUGGUUCAAGGAGGUCACUGUUUCAUUAUGGUGAAUCACUUCACUAACUUUACAUUUAAAGGAGCCACGCGACAGCAGGAAAGUUCUAAACUCAUUAAUUUUUGCACAUUCGGAAAGUGUUACGACAGAAGUAACUCAUAUUGUUUUAACGUACGCGCCUGGAAUCCUCAUGAUAAAGCGGUUGUACUGGAAGAACAGCGCAAACUUCAUGAAAAUUGUUUAGACUCGAUAAAAACACUGAGUGUACAAAAUACUGGUAAAGACGUAAAGGUGUCACUGAAAAAUGUAAAAGAAGGAUGGAUAUCGGAGUAUGAAAAGGAAAUGAAAAUAAGUUAUGAAGAAUUAUGGAGCGACACAGAAGAUGGUAGCACACCACCAUCUUGUCGAUUUCGUCUCAAAACCAAAGAUUCUCAACAAAGUGAUUCUGUGUACUGUAGAGUGAAAAGCAAACAAGACGGUCGCAAAAAAGAAAUAGCUCUGGAAGUAAGUCCUAAUACUUCGACAAUUCAGCAGAAUAUGAACAUGAUGGCAAUGGAAAGUCUAUACUCAAGAGAAAGUGAAGUUGACUUAUUAGCAUGCAGAAGAAUGUAUGGUCCAGUGGAUUGGUGCGAUCUCCCAGAGGACGUCUGCUACAAACUUUGCCUCGAACUUGAUAUCGAAGAAACAAAGCUUCGUGACUGGAGGGGUUUAGCUGAACAACUUAAUAUUGGUAGCAGAGUAAUUGAAAACAUGGACAGAGCUACAAAAUGUCCAACCAUCUGUCUGUUAAAAAUCCUCAGUAUCAUUUCAGCCCCUGGAGAGUUUUGCAAAAACCUUGGCGAGAAACUAAAAGCAGCAAACCUCGAAUCAGCCUAUAAAAUAAUUAUGCCAUGCAUAAAAUUGCAGUAAAAUACAUAGAAAAAUUCAAAUGCUUGGCAGAUUCAAAAUGGGAACAAGAUUAAAACAUACUAAAUUUGGGGACUUUAUAUUGGGUGGCGAUUUCCAAAACGUGAAAAAUAUCAUUAAAUAAUAUUUGUAUUGGAAUUUUAUUCUUUAAAAGUAUCAAAUUUUGAAAAAUAAAAAUGUCACAAAUAGCAUUUUCUACCAAAAAAAUAUUAUUAUUAUUUCUGUAUUAAUGAUAACGUAUUUGGUUUCAAUGGAUAAAUAAUAAAAUUAUCUCUAAUAUCAUACUUUAUUUGAUACUGUAGUUUCAAUAUUUAACUUUCGCAUACAAAAUUUAAUUAUUCAUCAACUUUUCGUUAUUUCAUUGAUUUUUUGUUUUAUUUAAUGGUUGAAGAGGUAGCUGUCUUAAUUAAGUGUUAUUUGCUUAAGUUAAAUGACCCAGCGCAUACAUUCCCAGUAGGAUAUCAAAGGGGCUCUAUUUGAUUACCGAUUGGCGGCCUUUCGCUUGGCUGUGGGUACUGGGUCGGUUCCGGAUAUUUGCUAGAGGGGUCCAGAAACAAAAAGGGUACUCUAGUACAACUAAAUUAAGUUUAAAUGGCGUGGGGAACUGUCUUCUGACUUGUCACCCUCCUAUCUUUUGAGAGACUUGAUAGCCAAAAAUGAUAUUAGUUAGUCUGAAAAUUAUUAUAUAGUAAAACCUGGAUUAUGUAUGUAAGCUUAAAUGUUGUAAUAGAUGUAGAAAUUUCUUAAUUGUCUCAUAUUUACUUAUUUUAGUGGUUAAUAUAUAACUACUAAAUAUAUAUUCGGAAGUGUACGUUCCACUUACCUAUAUACUGAAUAACACUCUUCUCGUUCUACUGUACUGUGCUAAAAUAAUUUGAAUAUUGAAUUAUCACAUUUGUUGCUUUUGUAGCGUGAAAAGUCCUUGUAGAUUCGUGUUAGUGCAAAAUUACUUUCUUUCGAUAAUUUAAUAGACAUAAAUAGGAACUCAAAAUUUGUCACGAUAUAUUUUUUCCAGAUUUGAGUACACGUCUGGACGGUAAAUCGUCACAAACUUUUGGCCCUUACUCAAAUUAGUGUAUAUGAUGGUUAUCAUAAUAUAAUAUAAUAUACUGUAUCAUACAUUGCGUGGUAUCAAAGGUAGUUGAGUAGCCAAAGUUGGUUACAGUAAACAGUGGUCUAAAGAAUCAAUUUAACCGCUUCAAUUUGAGUUUGAAAUUACUGUGACUGGAAUUGUUUUUAAAGGUAACUCUGAGAAUGUGGAUGUAUUGACGGAAACUGUUAACGCUUAUAUUAAUUUUUUUACCGAUAAUGUGAUCCCAAUUAAGAAAGUAAAAGUGCAUGGCGAUGAAUUUUAAGAUGGAUAAAUAAAAAUGUAAUUAAUUAAGAAUAAAAAGGAUAAGAGAUAAUUGAGAAAAAAUGACAAGCAUUUAAAAAUAAUGAUGUGGCCCAAGCCAAAAUUAUUCAAAAAGAGUUGAAACGAGUAUUAUGUAUAAAAAUAAAUUAGAGUACAAAAGAAACUCGAAAAUAAAUUCAAAAGUAAUGACAUGAAGAGUGGAUAUAACAAAUCCAAAGUAAAGAGGAUUAAAACAAUAUUUCCAAUCAUUAUGCUAAUGAACUUAAUGAGUUCUUUAAUAGAUUUGAUAAGCACGAUUUCUCAAGUGAUAGAAUGGAAAAUAAAUGCAAGAUUAAUAAUAGUUUAUUAAAUUAAUGUGAGUUUACACUCGAAGACAAUGAGGCAGAAGUGACAAAACAUUUUAAAGCGUUAAAAGCAUUAAAAGCAGGUGCACCUGAUAAGUUAUUACCUAGAAUUUUGAAAUCGUAUGCUUGCCGACUAUCACCAUGAGCGUCGAUCGGUGGGGACAGGGGGACACAGGACAGGGGACACAUCCUGCACCCCUCCACUUUUUAAGAUUCAAGGGGGCCCAGCCGGCCCACCCUCCAUAAAUUUUGUAAAAUUUAAAAGUGGAGAAAAAAAAUAUAUUCAAAUUUAAGUCUGAGAGUGCCAUUUCCGGCCAACUAGAGGUGCCAUAAUCAUAAAUGCUCUUACCUCAGCCCCAACCAUGGUGUGGUUGAAGUGUCUACACUCCAUUUGUAAAAGCCCCUUCCUGUGCCCCCUCUAUUUCGAAUUUCAGGAUUUGGCACUGAAUUUUGGAAAUGGUCAGAAUCCCCUCAAAUUUGCUUACUGCAAAAAUAGGAAUACAGAAGAUGCAUUAUUAUAUAAGCUUCAAAACUUUUACCGUCAUUUAGAUGACUGCAAACGAACGAAUAUUAUGUAUUUUGACUUUAGUUCAGUUUUAAUACAAUUGAAUCACACGUACUAGUUAAUAAUUUGAUAUGAAUAUUCCACCGUGUUAAUUUUCUUUGUUUUUAAUUUUUUGGUCGAACGUUGUCAAUAUGUUACAGUGUAAUAUUAUUCCUGAUAUUGUGUGUAUCAGUACGGGGGAACCACAAGAUACGGUAUUGAUUGUAGAUCUAUAUCUCCAAGUUAUCCAGAUAUAUCUUCAGACGACUCGGCAAUGGUUGGUCUUAUACUAUCAAUCAUAACAAUGAUUCUUUAUACCGGUCUAAGAUUGUUCAAUUUAUCAAUACUGUGAACAUAAUUUUCUUGUAUUAAACAUAAAUAAAACGAAAGAAGUGCCGAACGAUUUCCGGAAAAGUAAUAGGAUGACUCUGAUAAUGUAUAUUGAAGAAAAGGAGGUAGAUAUUAACACUUAUCAGUAUCAAGGAGUGGUUUUCGACAAUAAGCUUAAAUGUGGGGGGGGGGGGCAUGUUGAUCAAAUAGUGAAAAAAUUAAACACAGGCUCUAUUGUUUGAGGAAACUUAGUUUAUUUGGGGUCAAUCAGGAUAUGUGUAGAACGUUUUACUUAUCAGUAAUGUUAUCUGUUUGGGGGUAUUGUAAGUCGGACUGGGCGGGAAAUAUCAGUAAGUGGGAUAUAGACUGAUUUGAGAAGGUGCUGGGUAGGGUGGAGAAAGUAAUUGGUUCGUCCGCUUGAUCCACCAUGAACGGCUUGCAAAGGUGUUUCAAGCUAUACGGAGAACAAAAACCAUCCGCUCUAUGCCGACAUUAUAGGAACCACCGUUAUUGUUAGAAUUAGAAGUGGUAAAAUGAGGACGGUGAAUUCACACACAGACCGUUUCAAGUACUUGUUCUACUCAGCUGGGAUUCGAGAUCACAAUCAAAAGUAUAGGAUAUUGAGAUAAAUUAACUUUUGUAUUGGCAGUAUUGAGCAUUGUAAUUUCCAGUUUAUUUUUAACAAUACAUAAAUCAGUAUCUGUAUCUGUAGCAAUAUUAGUCAGUAAAUAAAAUAAA